ACACCACGUGAGCCGGGUCCAGCCGAAACGAAAUAGUUUCUAGAACGUCAGACAAACUAUUAAAAAAAGUGAUUUGAACGUAGCAAAAUUGAGUUUAAUUUUGAUAAACUAAACACAGAUUGAAUUAAUUGUGAGAAGCACAGCUUGACUUGACGCUCUUUUAAACGCAUUUUCAACGGAAAAACAAAGUGUUCAAGUGUUUUAAGUAAUACUAUAUCCUAAAAAAUACAGCCCCACCCCCAAAAUCAAAUUUUAUAAAAUCCCCAGAAAUUAAUAUUUGUGUAAAAAAUAAUCAAGUGCAAGUGAGAAGGGAGCGAUCAUAGAUCCAAGAGAGCCGUUGUGUAGUGAUUGUCAGACCAGAGCGCUAUGGCGACUGCCGCCGGCUCACGUAAUAAACACUCAAAGCGCCAUAAUGAAGAGCGUGCCGACAUAACCAAGGACGAGUUCGAGGCCAUUCGCGAGGCGCUCAGCAAGGAGGAGUUCCGCAAACUGUUCUUCGAAUAUGUCGAGGAGAUUCAGGACCCGGAGAACCGCAAGAUCUACGAACAGGAGAUCACCCAGCUGGAAAAGGAGCGGGGCGUUGAUGUUAAAUUCGUACACCCCAAGCCGGGAUUUGUCGUGAAGACGUCCAUUGACGGUGAGUUGAAAUGCUUCAUCAACAUUGCCAGUUCGCCGGAGGUCGCCCGGCCCAACAGCGUGGCGGACACGAAUCCGGAGACGGGAAGUCGUGGCCUAAGCUGGUCCAUACCCAUGGCGCAGACGGCGGGACGGGACGAUUGCGAUGCAAAGAACAACCACUGCAAGGUCUUUGAUGUGGUCUUCCAUCCGGAUGCCCUGCAUCUGGCCACUCGCGACUCGCAGUUUCGAAAAGCUUUGAUCGACACAGCGCUGGACGCAGUGGAGCGCGAGUACGAGGUCGCCCUAGACCGUGCCAAUCUGAAGUAUCCCAAGCUGGACUACAAGGGCAUAGCCCGACCAACUGUGAUACGCAAGCUGGCCACCGAUCCCACACCGGAGGAGCAGGAACCGCAUCCCCUCGAGCAUAUGUACCCCACGAAGCCACCCGCCUCCAAUUCAGAGCCCAAAAUUCUACCCAUGAAAACCAAGACGACACCUGUGCCAGAGUUCACUGUGCCCAAGUAUUCCAUCAUGCAGAGCCACGACGUGGACCUGUCCGAGUACACCGAUGAGCUCGAUGCCAAGCUGCAUGUGACUAUGCCGCGCUCCCUUGUCGUGGAGAUUGAGCUGCCCCUGCUCCGAUCCACUGCCGACUGCCAGCUGGAUGUCACCGCCAAGUCCGUCUACCUGUUGAGCGAACGACUGGGGGCCAAGUAUCGUCUCAAGGUGGAUCUGCCCUUUACUGUUGACGACAAGGCUGGCAAUGCCCGUUUCGAUACGGAUAAGCGUCGCCUCAGCAUAACCCUGCCCGUGGUGCGCAAGAGUGUUAACCAGCAGCGCCAGAUGCACGACACUCUGCGCUACCUCAGCCGCGAGGACAGCGGAGUGGAGCUGCAUUCCAACAGUGAGUCCCCCGUGGAGGAGGAUGAAGGGGCCGAUGGGGACAUGCCGGAUACCCUCGAAAUAGCAACCGCCACGGCCCCUGAUCCGCCUGCCCUGGCACAGAGUGCGUUCUUAAACGAUUCCGUGCAUUAUCAACUGCCCAAAUUCGUCUGCAAUGUGCUGGACAAUGCCAUGGCCUUUGUUUUGGACGUGCCCCACGUCCAGCCGGAUUCCAUCGUGACAUUGAAGACGCAGCGGAGCGUAUCCUUGAAGUUUGCCACCAUCGGCAGUGGUUACUAUCCCACACACUAUGGCUUCUACAUGGAGCUGCCGUCCCCGGAUAUGGAGGAGUACGUGGAGGAUCACUGUAUCGAAAGCAUCGAAGCGGAGGCCUGGGACAACAAUGUGAUAAUGAAGCUGUUCCUGGGUGCCGAGAGCGAGGCCCCACCGAGCUAUCUGGCCGGUCUGCAUGCCAACGAUCUCAAAGAGUAUCAGGUCUAUGGGCACUACAAGCCAAAGACCGAUCAAAAUAAUGAGUGCGAGCCCAAUCCUCCCAUGGACAUUCAGAUAAUGCGCACGGAUGAUGCCGUGGUGAUCACCGUACGCCCACCACAGGGCAUCAACACCACGGAGGAGGAUGAGGAGCAGCAGCAGCAUAAAAAGCCAAGCAAAAAACAACGCAAGCGAAACAAGAAGCAGCGCUCCUACUCGGAGUCCGCAUGUGAGGACAUGCUCGUCCAGCAGAACGAUCCGCUUGGUGGCAAGAAGGAUGCCACCACACCCAUUAUGCCGCAGCGCAAGCAGCGCAGCUACUCUGAGUGCAACGAUAGCACCAUUGGCAGCGGGAAUGCCAAUAGGGGUAUUCUCAAGCGGUUCAGUCGCUACGGUCCGAGGCCUUCAAUGUCGGACAGCUGUUCCUCCAUCGAUGAUUGUGGCUUCUCCUCCCACUCGUGUUCUGUGGAUGCCUCGGGCUCUCUGUUCUCGCAAUCCUUCAGUGGCAUUCCCGAGGAGGAUCAGGCCGAGGCUGGCCUAUCGGAGAGCUGCAAGAAGACUGUUAGAUUUAAUGACCAAAUCAUGAAGCAAGUGUUCAGACACGACUCCAGCAUUCUCGGUCAGCGCAAGAAGAACCAGAAGCGUCGCAAUUGCAAAUUGCGUGCCGAGCAGCGUCGCCUCAGCGAGGGCGAUUCGGCUGAUUACGAGGAGACCCGUGGCACUGCCCUCAAGCAGCAAGGGGAACCAUCAUCAUGCAACGGUAGCAACAAACUGCACGAUAGCGGACUGGAUCUGACUGGAUCUGCAGCUGCCACCCACCGCAACGACAGCAACUCAAAAUCCUAUCGCACUCGCCAGGAGGAAGUCGAUGCUGAUGCCAAGAAUGAUUCCAUGAUGUUUGAAAUGGAUGAUGAAGACGAUGAUGAGAUGUAAAGAAAGAGACGAAAGAGGCGUAUUUUUUUGUAGUUCUUAAGAUACAGAAAAUAUUUUAUUUUCAAUUUAAUAUUUAUUAUUGUAAUUUGUUGGAUGCUUCUGCCCAAACUGCUCAAAAUCAGAAAUCCAAAAAUAACGAAAAUACCUUAAAUCAUACACAAAUUGUUAUAAAUUUGGUUAACUAUUGAAAUGAAAUUGUUUAAUUGUAGCAUUAAAUCAUAAUCAAAAGUGAAACACACACAGUUGAAUAAUUAUUAACAUUUAUUAUACCUAUUACAUGCACAUAUUCAUGGCCUAGAAGGAACGAUGGAGUGAACUCGUUUAAAAAAUUAUCUUUCUUUGAUUUCUGCAGCAGAUUGAGGCAUUAUUUAAUCACAUUAAAUACAUACAUACUAUUUCAACAUUCAUUCAAGAACAGAACACACAACAAAACAAUCAUAAAAUUAUGCUUAAAUAUCAAUAGUUAACAAAUUCCUCUAGUAUUAUAAACACACACAAGAGCAACAAGACCCCCCACAAGUAGUGUCUAAGCCAUUUUAAAUGUGUAGGAAAACUGGCUAAAAAAGAAUUAAUGUAAUUUUAACUUUUUUAUGCGUGCAAAAAGUUACAAAAUAUACGAAUAUACAUGUA